AUGUUCCGCAACUCCUACGACUCCGACAACACCACCUUCUCGCCCCAGGGCAAGCUCCACCAGGUGGAGUACGCGCUCGAGGCCGUCAAGCAGGGCUCGGCUGCCAUCGGUCUGAGGUCCAAGACGCACGCCGUCCUCCUCACCCUCAAGCGCUCGACCGGCGAGCUGGCCACGUACCAGAAGAAGCUCAUCCGCAUUGACGACCACGUCGGUAUUGCCAUUGCUGGCCUCACCAGCGAUGCCCGUGUGCUGAGCAACUCUAUGCGCCAGCAGGCCAUGCAGUCGCGCAUGCUCUACGGCCGCCCCAUCCCCGUCGCCCGUAUUGUCCAGACCAUCGCCGACAAGGCCCAGAACAACACCCAGAUCUACGGUCGGAGACCCUAUGGUGUCGGCUUCCUUGUUAUUGGCGAGGACGAGACUGGCCCCCACCUCUACGAGUUCUCGCCAUCGGGCACCGCGUUCGAGUACUAUGCCCACUCGAUUGGCGCGCGUAGCCAGUCGGCCAAGACGUACCUGGAGAAGAACUUUGAGUCGUUUGAGACCUCCGACCUGCCCGCCCUCAUCAACCACGGUCUCUCGGCCCUCGCCGACACCCUGCAGCAGGACAAGCACCUCACAACGCUCAACACCUCCAUUGCCAUCAUCGGCCCCGCGUCCGCCGAGAUUGAGCAGGCGUCCUCGGGCGCCGCCCGUCGCGGCUACUUCCGCGUCUGGGAGAACGACGACAUUGACGGCCUCCUCCGCUCGUGGCGCAGGAGCCGUGGCGAGCCCGAGGACGGCCCGCAGGAGGAGACUGCCGCCGAGGCCGAGGUUGCGGCUGCUGGUGAGGAGGCUGCUGCUGCCGCCCCGGCCCCCGUGGCGGAGACCGAGCAGGCGGCCGGUGGUGACGACGUCGAGAUGCAGUAG